AUGUCCUUGCCUAUUGAUGAUUUUGACUCUGAAGCAAUCAUUCCAACUGGAUCAACUGUGCCAACAACUUCGGAACAAAGUCUGAAUGGCACAGAUCGACUCGACGUAGCGUCGAGUAGCACAAGAACCACGGUGGGGGACGAUAGUUAUCCAGAUACCCCAGUUGGCCCAAGGCCAAUCCGAAAUAUAUGCUGCGUUGGCGCAGGCUAUGUCGGCGGCCCAACGGCUGCCGUCAUUGCAUUCAAAAACCCACAGAUCCGAGUCACCGUCGCAGAUAAAGAUGAGCGACGUAUUCGAAGGUGGAACUCCCGACAUCUACCUAUCUACGAGCCUGGGUUGGCUGAAAUCGUUCGGAUUGCACGAGAUGGACUUCGGAAUGAUCCCACCCCGCCGGUGUCAACAAGCCUGGAGGAAACCCCACACAUAUUUGAAGAGCACGAAGCCCACGAAGGGCACGGCAGACAAGAGGGAAGCAGUGCAUCCUCUCGGAUACCCAACUUAUUUUUCUCCGCGAACGUUUCAAAAUGUAUCCGAGAGUCGGAUCUUGUCAUCAUUGCGGUCAAUACUCCCACCAAAAUGCGAGGAUCAGGGGCAGGGAGUGCAACAGACAUGACAGCUUUUGAAGCUGUCGCCGCGGAUGUUGUGCAGCAUGCAAGGAACGGAUCGAUUAUUGUGGAGAAGUCUACAGUUCCUUGCAAAACGGCCCAAAUGAUCCAGGAGAUGAUUGCUGUACGUCGGCCCGGUGAGCACUUUGAGAUUCUGUCCAACCCUGAGUUCCUCGCGGCUGGGACUGCGAUUCACGACCUGUUGAACCCGGACCGAGUUAUCAUAGGUUCUGCAACGACAGAAGAAGGGAAAAUGGCAGCAGAAACACUAGCUGGAGUCUAUGCUGGCUGGGUUGACCAGGCUCGUAUUAUCACGACCAACAUCUGGUCAUCGGAGUUAGCGAAACUCGUGGCCAACUCCAUGUUAGCCCAACGACUUAGCAGCAUCAACAGCAUUUCAGCACUCUGUGAGGCCACAGGAGCUGAGAUUAAUGAAAUAUCGGCGUCAAUUGGGAUGGACUCCCGAGUUGGCGAUAAAUUCCUCCGCGCGGGUAUUGGGUUUGGUGGUAGCUGUUUCAAAAAGGAUGUCCUCAGUCUUGUAUAUCUUGCUGAGUCCUUGGGUCUCAAGGAGGUCGGGGCGUACUGGCGCCAGGUGGUGACCAUGAACGAAUACCAGCGCAACCGAUUUACUAGUCGCGUCAUCAAGUGUCUGAACAAUACUCUGGUGGGCAAGAAGAUCACUCUCCUGGGAUAUGCCUUCAAGAAGAACACAUCGGAUACCCGUGAAGCGCCCGCCCUUGAGAUAAUCAAGACAUUGCUUGAUGAAAACCCUGGAGAGAUCGCAAUAUUUGAUCCUUGCUGCAAUCCCUAUGUCAUCGAGAGCGAGAUUCGCCAGCUACAUGGAUACGGUCCUCCCGCUCUCAGAGAUGAUGGUGGCGCUGUGAAGGUUUACUCGGAUGUCUAUGAAGCCUGUGCUUCAUCCAACGCGGUGCUCAUUGUCACCGAGUUUGAUGAGUUCCGAAAUACUGAAUUGGUUGCCGCUCCUCAUUCUUCAAACCCCCCACCAGGACAACUACCCUUGAACCAAGAUAUGCACGAGUCUCCCCAGAUAAAAGCCAGCUCUGGAGCGGGGAGUGCGAUUGAUCCACUAUAUGUCCCAUACGCUCAAGAGAACCUUGAGAUUGAGCCUAAUUGCGCCGUCGAUUGCCCCGACUGUCAGAGAGAAAACGGCAGCGAGGUCGCCGUGCGCAAACUCAGCAACAACCUUCCUAAGAAACAGGUUGACUGGGAAAGGAUUGCGGAUAACAUGGAAACACCAAAAUGGUUAUUUGAUGGGCGGUGCAUCAUCGAGAUCAAGAAGAUGACCCAGUUGGGUAUUCGUGUCGAGAGCAUUGGAUCGGCUGGCUUUUAA